CUCCCACAUCCCCCCGCCGUCGCCCGCCAACUGCUCGGCGGAAUGCUACACGCGCCGCCGCCGCUGGAGGCGGCCGGGUCGCCCGUCGCGCAUAACCGCUGCCUCCUCCGCGACCUCGGCGGCCAUGGCGCGGUGUCGGCCGACCCCUCCGCGCUCUACGACGCCGACGCGGCCACCACCCGGUUCCUCCUCGAGAGGAUUCUGCGGGAGAGCGGCACCGCGCGCCGCCUCCUGACUUGCUCCUCCUCUCCGGGGUCCUCGUCGACGGACGCAGUGGACACCGAGUCGAAGGAGCCCGAGGACCCGGCGAAUUCCGCCCCUGGCCUCCUUCCUGUCUCAGGCGCGAAGGAUCGAGCCGACCGCGCCUCCGCAGCUAGCGGUCCAGGCACUUCGCCCGCCACCGCUCUCAACCAGCCCCUCGAAUCAACGGAGCAAGUCCCCGCUAGCCGCCUGUCUGCUCUUCUAGGGCCGAAUGGUCGCGUCCUGAUCGUGGCCAAUCGGCUCCCCGUCACGGCCAAGCGCCACCCGGUUAAGAAGUGGGAAUAUCCAAGCAGCUCUGGCGGUCUCGUCAGCGCCCUGCAAGGUGUUAAAGAUGUGCAGAUGAUGUGGGUCGGCUGGCCUGGCGUCAGUGUCCCCAAUGAGACCGAUCAAAAAUUAAUCACCGAGGGACUAUUCAAGCGGAGGUGCGUGCCUGUGUUCCUGGAUGAGGAGUUGAUGGACCAGUACUACAGCGGGUAUUGCAACAAAAUUCUCUGGCCACUCUUCCAUUACUUGGGGCUCCAGCAAGAGUACAAGAUCAAUAAGGCAAAAGACAUCAAGUCACAGUAUGAAAAGUAUACUCAAGCAAAUCAGAUGUUCGCAGAGACAGUGUGCAAAAUUUAUAAGGAAGGAGAUAUCAUAUGGUGCCAUGACUACCAUUUGAUGUGCCUUCCCAAGUUGCUGAAGCAGUAUAAUAUCAACAUGAAGGUAGGCUGGUUCCUGCACACGCCAUUUCCCUCAUCCGAGAUGUACCGUGCACUGCCGAACCGUGCGGACUUGUUGGAGGCGGUGCUUAAAGCUGACUUAGUGGGGUUUCAUGCGUAUGAUUAUGCAAGGCAUUUUGUGAGUGCUUGCAUUAGCCUGCUUGGGCUUGAGGGUUGCCUUGAGGGUAUUCAGUUUGACGGAAGGAUUGUCAAGGUGGAUGCUUUUCCGAUCGGGAUAGACGCUCAGCGUUUUACAAAAGCAUUGGAGGAUCCCAAAGUGAAAGACAAAAUUACCGAAUUCAAGAAACUUUUUGCUGGCCGAAAGGUAAUACUUGGUGUGGACCGGCUAGACAUGAUUAAAGGAUUCCUGCAAAAGUUGUUGGCCUUUGAGAAAUUUCUUGAGAAAAACGAGGAACUGGAUUCUGAAUACAAAGUGGUUCUACUGCAGAUUGCAGUGCCAACCAGAAGUGACGUACCCGAAUAUCGGAAGCUAGCAAGUCAAGUGCAUGAACUGGUUGCACGUGUAAAUGGUCGAUUCGGAACACUGAAAGCAACUCCUAUUCUACACCUGGAUCAAACCGUCGAUUUUGAUUCAUUGUGUGCUCUUUAUGCAAUCACUGAUGUAGCUCUGAUAACAUCACUGAGAGAUGGAAUGAAUCUUGUAAGCUAUGAAUAUGUUGCCUGUCAAGAAUCAAAUAAAGGUGUUCUGAUACUGAGUGAGUUUGCAGGGGCAGCGCAAUCUCUUGGGGCUGGUGCUAUUAUUGUAAACCCAUGGGAUAUCGUGGAAGUAGCAGACGCAAUAAAACGUGCUUUGGAUAUGCCAACUGAAGAAAGGGAGAAGAACCACAGGCAUAAUUAUGAUCUUGUGUCAAGACACAUCGCACAAGACUGGGCCGAAAACUAUGUCUGCGACCUACAUAAUGCAACUAGUAAAGCUCCGCUACCAGCAAUACACACUGCCGUCCUCCCUAUUGGAGAAGCAGCUGCACAAUAUGGAAAAUCCAACAAUCGUUUUCUCAUAUUGGGUUUCAAUGCAACAUUGACUGGUCAGGUCCAAUUUGUAGAGGGAAGGACUGACAUUGAACUCAAGUUGAACCCUGAGUUAAAGCAACCACUGAAAACACUUUGUGAUAAUGAGAAUACAACUGUCGUUGUUGUCAGUGGAUAUGGCAGAAGUAUUCUCGAUGAAAAUUUUGCAGAUUAUAAAUUGUGGUUAGCGGCAGAGAAUGGGAUGUUCUUACCGCAACCUGGUGAAGAAUGGAUAACCACGAGAUAUGAACAGGAGGAAAUCAGCUGGGCUGGCAGUGUAAAGAAAGUGUUUGAGUACUUCACCCAAAGAACCCCGAGGUCUAAUUUUGAACAGCGUGAAACAUCACUUGUUUGGAACUAUAAGUAUGCAGAUGUUCAGUUUGGGAGAAAUCAAGCGACAGAUCUGCUGCAGCAUUUGGGGGCAUAUUCAUUAUCAAAUCAAAGCGCUGUUAUCGUUCAAGGCAGUCGGUCAAUUGAAGUUCGUCCUACGGGAGUCACCAAGGGUAAAGCCGUUGAUGAAAUUAUUCGCGAGUUAGAUCUCAGAAAUAUCAUGGCUACUCCAAUCGACUAUGUCUUGUGCAUUGGUCAUUUCCUUGCAAAGGAUGAAGAUAUUUAUACCUUACCCAGCUUUGAUGUUCAACCUGGAGCGAAAAGAAAGGGAAAGGGGUGUCAAGCAGAGGAUUGCUCAAGCGUCAAGUUUGACCUCAACCAUAAGAACUAUUUCUCAUGCACCGUUGGUAGGGAACACUCUGUAGCACGGUACAAUCUCAAGGGAACAAGCGAAGUUGUGUCCCUACUACAGGAUCUUGCAGCAGCUGCUGCUCCAGGUAACAUGAGUCACCCACCAUAGCUUGUCCAUUGCUCAACUGUUCGGAAGAAAAGGGAACAAGAUCGCGAUCAGCAGAUCUGAGCGACCAGUCAGUUGGCCUUUUCUCAUACACAUGUGUGCAAAAUUCUAGAUUAGACAAAAAAGGGUAAUAUACUAGGAAAAAAAAUGAUAUUUUUCGAUCUAAGAAUUGAAGAAGACAAUGUUAGCAAGAGUUCUUCACUUUGUCAGCUUUUGUUAACCACACAAGCUCUGGUCGGUGUAUGUACAGAACGUGAUGCUGUAAAACGGGUACAUGAUGUUACCGAUGGAUGGUUCUUAUGCAGAUUUUA